AGUUUUCAUAACUAAUAAUGGUCUGAUUCGUAUUCCACCGUUCAAUAAACUUCAAGGAGGAAAUUAAACUUGAGUUUGAACAAAAAGGAGGAAACUUUUUCUAUAUGACCUAUCAAUGAACAUAUUCAACUGUAAUCGCUAACAGCUGUAAUGUUCAAAUGCAGUAAUUAGUUACAGUGUUUUAUUGCAACUCCAGUUAUAGUCCAAGGCUUUUUUUAUGUGUGUGAAUCAUUUUCUGAAAUAAAUAAAUUCUGUGUGGAAAGCGCAAGUAUUCUUUUUGGUCGAAAUGCAUGUUAUAGUGUUGUUUACACUUUUUGGAAUUAUUUUUGCUUCGAAUGAUUAUCCACCAGAGACAGAAAGUGAAGAUCUUGAAUCCGCAUUAUGUGAAAAUGAAGAUGGAGAGAUGUCUGCAGUUGUGGUUGAUUGCUAUGACAAAAUUGGGAUUCAAAAAUACUCAAGCGUAAUCAAAGAAUGCUAUGAAGGAAUUGAUGGAGAAGUAAAUGGUAGAAAGAUAACAGUGUGGUACUGCAAAAAUUCUAAUGAUAAAACUACUCAGGCUGAUACGUGUGCGGCAAGAAGGAUAGCAGAGCAAGAAGGCAAUGAAGAGGCCUUUACAGAUAUCAUGAAUGGUCUAACGAAAUGCAUUGGUGAAUAUUUUUCUCAAUGAUGCAUAUGGACCUAGGUUGGAUUAUUUUCACAGAUGGAUUGAUCUCAAAACUGUAUGCAUAUUUUAUUAAUAAAUCUUUAUUAUUUCAAGAAAUGUACAAACGAGG